AGAAAGAGGAGUAUGCUCGGUGGAAAAAGGCUGACGAGAUGGCGAAGUGUUACAUCUUGGCAUGCUUGUCAAAUGUACUUCAACAUCAACAUCAGUCUAUGAACACUGCAGCAGACAUGCUCCUUAAUCUCAAGGAGUUAUUUGGUCAUCAGUCGCGGGCUGCCCGACAAGAGGCCAUGAGGGUUCUGAUGAACAUGACCAUGCGCGAGGGCACUCCCGUAAGGGAACAUGUUCUUGCCAUGAUGGCACAGCUGAAUGAGCUGGAGGUUCUUUGGGCUUUUAUUGAUGGGGAAACCCAGGUCGAUAUAGUGCUCCAGUCUCUGCCGAAGAGCUUCGAACAAUUCUGGUUGAAUUACAACAUGAAUAAGAUGUUGAUGACUCUUUCAGAACUUGUUGCUGAACUUCAUUUCUGGUGUGUAGAUACAUGGGCCACUGAUCAUGUCUGCAAUUCAUUGCAGGGCUUCCAGGAAACCAAGCGACUUAGGGAAGGAGAAGUUACCAUCUACUUGGGCGAUGCUAGUAGAGCGUCAGCAGUUGCAGUGGGAGAUGUCUAUUUAGAUUUUGGCUUAGAUAGGUUUCUAGUUUUGAAAGAUUGUCUUUAUGUUCCUAGCUUUAGAAAGAAUUUUAUUUCAAUUUCUAAGUUGUUUAUGAACGGUUUUUCAGCUACGUUUGAUAAUAAAGUUGUUAUUCGUUUUGGCAAAAAGUUCAUAUGUUCUGGUUCAGUAGUUGACAAUCUAUACAUUCUAGAAUCUAAGUCAUCUCCACUGCAACAGAAACAAUUACUUAAUUCAUCAUCUAAUCUAAAUAAGAGGAAGGAACCUUCUAAAAUGAACGAAACAUAUCUUUGGCAUCUAAGACUAGGUCAUAUUAACCUUAGGAGGAUUCAAAGGUUGGUAGCAGAUGGGCCCUUGGGGUCGUUAGAAGUCGAGGCUUUUCCAACUUGUGAGUCUUGUCUGGAAGGCAAAAUGACUAAGAGGGUUUUUAGUUCAAAGGGGCAUAGAGCCAAAGAUGUGUUAGGGAUAGUUCAUUCCGAUCUAUGUGGUCCUAUGAGUAUUCAAGCGAGAGAUGGUUUCGAGUACUUCCAACGGCGCGCGCGCGAACAUGACGAGGACCGACGACGCGAGGGUUACGAGCAUGAGGAGGAGUUCGAUCAACGGUCGCAGGCGUCCACCUAUCGAGAACGACCGGAGCCCGACAAGCCGAGGUUCGUAAUGUCCAUCUUCACGGGUAGUGAUCCGGAGGCUUGGCUCAACCGUAUUGCGCAAUAUUUCGAACUGAAUGAAACUGAAGGCCACGACCGAGUAAGGUACGCAGCCUUUUACCUGGAUGGUGAGGCCAAUGUAUGGUGGCAAUGGCUCUCAAGGAUCUACCGUAGGCGGCAACAGGUCAUUACGUGGACUAACUUUGAGAGAGAAUUGCUCACACGUUUUGGUACGUCCGAUUACCAUAACUACAAUGAGGCCCUCACACGAAUACGACAGACAGGCAAUUUGCAUGAAUACAUCAAGGA